AUGUCAAUUGUUGCAGACCAAAUUCGAAAAGUCGACGCCCAGCUCGACCGCGUCCAACUUGCGCCCUUUCCAUACCCCGCAGAUGAGAGUCUUGUUUCUGCGCAACAUGCUAAAGUCGCUUCUUCGCCGCGGAUAGCUGAGUUACAGGCUCUGGUUAAGGCAUUGAGUACUACGUCGAGUUCUGCCGCGCUGCUUCCCGGUCCGAGGAUUAGUAGAUUGUUGGAGCAGGCUGAUUUGAAGGGUGCUGUGUAUAAUGAAGAAAAUGAAGAUGAGGAUGAAGAUGACGAUGACGAAGACGAUGAAAGAGAAUUUGGGGCUAGUAGAGCGGGUAUAAAUGCAUAUUUGAAAAAAUAUGAGAAGGAAUUGGAGUGGUUGUUGGUUAGUAAGGCGACGGUGCAGACGUAUGGCUUGAUAUUGAAUACGUUGUUGGAACAAACAAUUCCGCUUAGUGAUGAUAUUUGGUAUUGGGAUGAAGUGCUGGGCUCGUAUACAUAUUCGGGAUUAUACACUAUACAGACUUCGCCGCAGAGAUUGUGGGACUGGGGAAAGGAUAUUUAUAGUGAUUCGAGGGAGAGGUUGGUGCAUUUGAAGGAAGCGCCUGGGAGUGCGGUUAGGAAGAGUGGUAGGGAUGUGAGAGAAGGAGUUGCAGGUCAGUGGAGUGUUUUCUAUGGGUUGGUGAGGGAGAGUAUUAGGGAGAGAAGUGUGGUGGAGGUUCAAAAGAGAGUCAUGAGUCCGGUUGCGAUUGGAAGGGCAAAGGCGAGAAUGAAUCAGACGAGGUUAAAGAGAUUCAGAGAGAUGGGUGCUAGUGGAUUGGGAGUUUUGAUGGAUGAAGCGUUGAGUUUUGAUAUCGAUGAGGAGGGUGCGGCUUUAAAGGCCGAAGAGUCAGAAAACUCUGAGUGGAAAGAUGUGGUAGAAAGAAGUGUAGCACUGAUGGAUAAUGUACUUCGCAAUGUUACGGCUCUCGAACAAGGAGUUUCGGAUUUCGAGGAUACUGUGUUUGCUAGUGUGGAGGACGAUCCGGAGAUCUCGAGUGCGGAUAUCUCACCGGAAACAAGAACAAGCAAAUUGUCCAGAAGACUACAACAUAUUCUCUCUACGCAUGUACCAAGGCAUGUUACGAAUUCACAAAGGCUUGCAUCGGCUUAUGGACGACCUUCAAGACUCGUUAGAUACUGGUUACCGGCUAGCAUGUUAUUACUUUCCUCUUCGACUAUACUACGGAUCUUGGUACACAGAAAAGCAGAGAUCGUUACCUGGAUCAGAGAACUCGGAUCUACCAUUCAAGACUUUUGGAUGAACUGGGUAGUCGAACCUACCAGGAAAGUCAUUGGAACCAUUCGUCAUGAUAAAGGUAGCGAGGUAGCCAUCAUGAGCAAAGAGAGUCUCAAAGGCGACAUGGAAAGCCUUGAACGUAUGGUGGUAGAUUUCGCUCGCGACAAUCCUGAAGCUGCAAAUUAUGGAGUUGGCGCUUUAACUGAUUCUCAAAUCUCUGAAAUCAAAGCUAAAGUCAAAGCAGGUGAUCUCACCCCCGUUCUUCGCGCUUAUGAAAAGGAUAUGCAACGUCCAUUUGUAGGAACGGUCAGAGGAGAUUUGAUUAGAACAGUUCUGAUUCAGGUGCAAAAGACUAAAGUUGAUGUGGAGGUUGCGCUUAAUGGUAUCGAUUCGCUGCUUAAAAGUCAAGAACUUGUCUUUGGCUUUGUAGGUCUCACGCCUGGUGUUAUGGUCUGUUUUGCUGCUUUCAGAUAUUUUGCAACUUUACUUGGCUCACGCAAGGGGCUUCGAAGAGGCGAAAGGGCUGGAAGAACAGCAAGAGUUUUGAGAAAUAUCGAUCGUAUCCUAACGAUUGCUACACCUACGCAAAACAAUCUACUCUCUUACAAAGAUCACGGAUUACUGUUGUGUGAGGUCCAUGUUUUGAGAAAGAGAGCUCAUAGCCUAUUUCCUGGGGAUGUGGAGAGGGAGUUUUUGGAAGAUGUGGGAGAUCUUUGUAACAUCAAUAGUGGUAUACAGGUGCAACUCAAAGUUUUGGAGAGAAUUAGGUGGAGUUAUGGAAAAUGGUUGAGAUAG